AUGAUGGGCCAACAGCAACCCAUGAUGGUUUUAAACCAACAAAUCCAGAUUGAACUUCGACGAAUUUCGCCUCAACGGCAAAAUAUGCUGAUUCAACAUAUGCAAAUGUUGAGCCAACUUCCUGACAAAUGUUCUGAAAUCCCACUUACUGAUCCGAAUUUAGGAAUAUUUCUUGCCGUGGUUCUUGAUAAGCUAUGGGAAAGGAAAAUUCCGUUUGAUAGUGUUAAAGAAUUGGGAUCGUAUAUUAGCAAAUGCGGAUCAAAACAGAGAGAGUUUUUGGAAAUGCAAUGCGAGCAAUAUAUGACAACCAAAUCGUACAAAAAUAAUAUUGCCGAUUCAUUUGGAUAUGGUGUAUGCUGUGAAGGUCUGAAGAUGUGUACAUUGGAAGCCAUUGCUCAAAAAUACGUGAAGAAGUUUAGUCAAUAUAAGACUUGCUCUGAUAUCCCACCCGAUUUUUUCAAAGAGAAGAGAGGAAAACGUUAUUAUUUCCUUGCUGCUUUUGAAGUAAAAACACCAUCUGAUUUUAUCGAAGAUAAGGAAUUUUUUGCUAGCAAAUGUACUUUAAAAGAGAAGAAAGAAAUUGAAGAGGCAUGCAACAAAUUUAACGAAAAUUCGGCCAAAAGCGAAGAUCAAGGAGUUGUUGGUUAUGAUUUUUGCUGUAAAACUAUGGGCCAUAAUUGCCGUCCGUUCUAUACUCAGAUCUGGUUCUUUGCUCUCUGUGGAGGUGUUGGUCUGCUUCUGAUGGGUAUCAUUGCCGUCGUCGUCUAUUUCUUCUGUUUUCGCAAGAAAAGAGGUGGAGGAAAAAGUGGCGGUAACAUGAAGAGUUCAAAGAAGAGCACAAAGAAGAGCAAGAGCAAGGGUUAA